AUUAUAUCAAGGCGUUGAUGUUGUCUUGUUCAGCAUGAUGCCCUUUUUGUCUUCAUAGACGGCGAUCAUUGGUGGGAAGGAAAAAUGAAAAUAUGGCGUACUCCCCACCUCGUUUCCAGCAGGUAAUUCUGCGACGACCGGCGUAGCUUCUUUCAGUUUUUGUCUCGGCGCUUGCUUCAUUUCCUAGAAGAAGCAGCAACUGGAUCCGGCUGAAAAAUUAGGCAAUUAUUGGAGAAACUACAAAGUGUCGCCGAGGACAUUAUACCACACGACACCAAAUCCGCUUCAGCUGUUCCUGCGCACCUCCAGGAAAUAAGACACGUAACAAAGAAGAGAUUUAUUUUCCUGCGCACCAGGGAAGACACGUAUCGAUUUUUUUGGACCAGCAACUACAUCUGAUGUCAUCAGACAGACGAGAGAAACAGGACUAAAUUCGAAAUGGAAUUUCAAAACCUGCUCUCCGACGCGUCCGCGUUCAAAAGACGGCAGUCGGAGUUGACGAAGCCGAUUCUCUAUGCAGUGCAAAAGCAUCGUACUCGUAUAAAUGCAUUACAAAUUUCCUCAGCAUGACAAAUAAAAUCUGUCAUGCGGAUUUGCCUUCAGAAAAAGAUUUGUAAUGCAACACUUGCAUUUAUUAUACGAAUGCGAUACUUUUGCACAGGAUAUUCUCGCACCGAAAGGAGCUGCGCCUUUUCUGGAGGCACGACAGGAGCGGCCCCGACGGAGGACCACGGCGGAAUUCUUGGGGCAGGAGAAAAAUCAAUUUCUUGAGUGGAAUGAUCAUGCUAUAGUACCGACGAGCCAGGCACCACACAACAUCACGCCGCGCCACCCUGGACAAACUGGAGUUUGUUUCAGCCCGCGGAAAGCGAGGAUCAAAAAUCCGAAUCAUGGCUCUUCAGCAGCAACCUCCUCUUCCUCGUCUUCUUCAGCUGCUGCUACCACACGAAUGAAUAAAAAUAAUUAUGUGCUGGGAGAGCCUGCUGACCUUGGCCCGGCGAUGACGAGAAGGAACCACGCCGCUGCGCCCACUGGAGGUCCUCCUCCUGGUGGUCCAAUCGAGCGCGGCAGGAUGAAAAAUCCAAUGCAGCGGCUCCUGCGAAUGAAAAUCGAUGAAAUGGCACGGGUAUCAAAUGCAAAUAGGAAUAUGUCCGAGUGGUCCACCUCUGGAGAGUUUCAGAAGUUGAAGUUUGUCAUGCGGCUGCUCUACGGUGGCCCAUCCCCAUGAGGUCUGAAAUGCAGGACCUAACAUCUUCGCAGUUUCUGCAUCAAGGUCUCUUUUUUACCUAGCCACGAGCACGAUGUAGACACGCGGUAUCAACUUGACCAAAUAUUAGUCACUUGCAGUCACGCAAGACAAAUUUUUUUAUUAGAUCAAACUCAGAUGAAGACACAUCACAAAUUCUUCCAGACGACGCAGACUGACAUAUUUUGAAUGUAUAGUGGGACGAGGGCGAGGCGACGUCGAGAGGGGCUGCAGAAAAUUUAUUGUCGCAGGAACAUCGUGAUCAGCAACACGACCUACACAAUACUGUACAGCAACCGCCGCCCACAUCAAGCACUGUUUCGUCGCCUUGCGCAUUAAAUAGUAAACCCGCUACUUCCAAAAGAGUCUCCCGGCACGUCAAACUCGAAAAAACCUUAUCCUGAGUAAAAACGCACCCACACCAGAGUCAGGAUGGGGAUUUUGCAACACAAACCUAAGAGUUUUGUGAGUCACGCAUGACAAGUUGCAGUUCGACGUAGUGUAGUGCAGGUUAGCAAGUGCAGCCGCAUCACAGAGUCGUCUGCUCAUCCUGUUCACAGGAUCACAAAUUCCAAAACACGAUUGCAAAUGGCUCUCAUGGGGAUGCGCAUUACAAGUCUUCCUGUCUUUGCAAAUCUGCAUUACAACUCUGGUGUGGGUACAUUUUUACUCAGGAUAAACCUCUAUCGUCCUGAGUAAAAACCGGGCCCACUUCGACACCCAGAGUCAAGAUGGGGAAUCUUCAUCUAAGUACACAAAUCGACAACUUUAACGAGUUUUCAGAAUAUCCCUAUGAUGAAGACAAAGAAAAGCAUCAUGACUUCUUCUUAGAUAACAGUCGAAAUAAAUGGUCCCCAUGUUGGGGAUCAUGCGCAGGAGAAACAUUGUAGGCAUGCAGAUCCAGAUCAUCAUUUGCAUAGUACAGCUCUGGGGCGGGGACGUCCACGUUUUUUCACACCGGAUAACCUCCUCCACAAGGUUGCCCUGCAGUCCGGCAACGCACACCACGCAGAAGAGGCGGUCCGGCAACGCACACCACGCAGAAGAGAAGAGAGGAGCGUCUCUACACGACCGACGAGAACUGCAGGGAGGUGACCUUGACGAAGGUCCUCUGCUGUAUCGAACGGAAAGGAUCGAAGGUGCCUACGUUUCAUCCUCACCCGCAAGAACGCGAGAUGUGUCUGCGUCUAGAAGCCCUGGUGUUGACAGAACUAGAACUACUACUACGUCUUCAAAAGCAGGAGUAGAUCUAGAUGACCAGGUACCGCCAACAAAGAGCCACGAGGUCGUGGAACUAGAACAUGAAAAAUCCCUAGCCGGCGCCACUCACGCGGCGGAAGCUGCGAAACAAGACUGGCAGUUGGCACGGGAGGAGCUGGAGCGGGUGCAGGCGGAGACGAAAGCGCGGACGGCACGGAUGCAGUACUUGGAAGAGUACACGUAUUUUGCCACGGAGGGCGGAGUGAAUGAAUCAGCGGGCGCUACUAGCACGUUGUGCAGCUCUUACAGCGGCAUUUUAGAAGGACACUCGGGGUCUUCACCUGCGCAUUAUGAUCAUGAUCAAAAGAGAGCCCCUCUUGCAAAAGGCAGCACGGCAGCGACGCCUACUGCAAGAAGAGUGGCGUCAACUACUACAUCAUCUCCCGGCGGACGGCUGGUGUUCUCCCCGAACCGAAGCAGGGGCCGAGGACAGCUUAAUACAGGCAUAAAAGCCUCGGGAAAUAAGUACAAGAUCACCAGCUCCACCGCGGGUUUGUUGCAGGAGGAAAAGAAACGGCAAAUGCAGAAGCUAGAGGACGAGAUUGCCGACUUAAUCGACGCCUUGAACGAGGAGCGAAGUAGGACGAAGAAGAGCGAAGGAACUACGCAAAUAGCAGACGCAGAUAAAGUUCUUUCUCCAAAAACUGCAGGGUGGAAAAAUGACAAAGAAGUUAAACCAGCAGACACUACCAGCUGCAAAACGCCUGUUAGAAAUGCGCAGCUCCAGGACCAGAGGAAAAUAAAUCCGAGCAACAUCGCGAGCUCCUGCGAUGAUCCGUGUAGAACCGCUGGCUCUACUUCAAUGCGGGGGGAGGAACAUCAACAUGCUGCAUCAACAUCAUCUCUCCCGAUCAUGACGACCGGCAUGCUGGUGGAGGAGAACUACAGCGAAACAGCGGCCUGUCGCCUCGGCGACCACGACGAGCGAGACCGUAGUUUUACUGCUGAGCAAAAAGUAGAUGACACGACUCGCAGCUCCUCUGGAGGGCAUUUUGAGCAACCACAUCGCGCAGACCACCGCGGCGCUCGUUCUCCUCGACGAGGACCAAGGUCCCCGCACAAGACCGAGGAUUUGGAUCAUGUUUAUGUUGGGUCAGGAUCAUCACAUUCACAUCUUCAUCCUCGUCCUGCUGCUGGUGCUGAUCUCGUCCCUGCCGAAGAAGUAAGUCGUGAAGACGACAACAACUACCCAACACCAGCAGCUGUAGCUCCACCUACAACGGUGAAGAUAACAAACACAAACUCGGAGCUGCUUGCGCUCGACCAGCUUCUCACGGAACUUCACGUAGAGUACGAGCGCGUAACCGUCCCCCUUGAGUUUUUGAAGCACAAAAAAGCCGCGCUCGAGUCCCUCGAGAAGCACGUACAGGCUUGCUUUGCGCACAUGGAAAAACGCGCGCCAAAAGUGUUGGAAAAGCGGACCGCCGCGCGGGAUCUGAGGCGGAUCUUGGUGCAAAUGUUCUCCGCCAGCAUGCAGGGGUAAUAUAGCACGUUUGUGACUUCUUCUCUUGAUAUCAGCUCAUUGCAGUUUCAGUUCCUUCUCUGGUGCUAUGUGCUUCAGUUACAAGAAGAAAAGCAGCUUGUUGCUUAUCGUUAUCCCUACGCGUAGUUUGUUUGUGCUGGUUGUAUUGUGUAGCAAAGGUGUAGCUCAUCUGGGCACUGCUGCAUGCCUCAUGGAAGGUAUGCAGCAAAUGGAAUCAACGUGUCGAAGAAAUAAACACAAAAAUGAAAAUCGAAAAAUCCAGGUCUGUCGCAGAGUGGGACAGCUUGGCCGAGCAGCUGCAGAACAUCCUGUUGCUAGGUCAACUUUACGCAAAUGAGCAAGUAGAAAACGCUGGAAGAAAGCAAGAAGUUUUUAUGUCAACAUCUUCACUCGUCGCAGACGAGGACCAGCUAAAACACCGGAAAAUCCUCGAGCAGGCCGAACUCGCGCAUUUUUUUGCGGAAGCCAUUCUGCAAGACCAACAGCAAAACUCCGUGCAGCUCGAAGAAGAAAAGGAAAAGCUAUCCGCCUGCUGUCAAGAGGACAAGCAAUAUCUCCAAGACUUGGAGCUCAGCACCCUGCGGAAUGCGUGCGCGGUAUUGCUUCGCCUGAAACGAAGAAAGCGAAGGGAUAAGGUGAAACAGCUGGAGCUGAAGGAGAAAUUCGACGUGGAAGCCGGGAAGAUAAUCGCGAAGGAAAAGCAAUUCGAUUGGAACACAAGAUUGAUGGAAUCGGAAUUCCGCACCAAAGAGCAGGAACUUGAGCUGGAAUGGUCAAACAACUACAUCGCCACGCCGGGCGGCGGGAGCGGAACCUUUACCUCGCGCACAGGUCCUCGUGGAGCUGCGGCUCAUGCUGGCGGUCCUGGUCCUCCAGGGGUGACAUCUUCAAAGAAAUUCCCUUCCACGAACGAUCCACCGGGGUUCUCUUUGUUGCUGCUCUCCAAAAAUGCUCCGGCCGCGCCCCCCCAGCACGCGACUUCUAAUCUUCCGGCCCUCCUUACCAACCAGAACCACCGGAAGACGCAUUCGUUUCUGGUGGACCGGAUCAACCGUCUGCAGAAACAGCUGGACAACGAGGAAGCAGACAUUGCGAAAUUACAGCAGAUGGGGCAGCAGGUUGCUGCAUCGAAAAACCCCGAAGACGAGGAGCAAAUCUAUGGCGUUCUCAAACGCGGCUACAUUGCUCGCCUAUUUUACAUGAUUUCGUUUGCCAGACAAAACCCCGAUAUAGAUACGCACACGUCGAUCCAAGCUCCUUCGCAUAUUAAAAUUAAUUGCAAGUAGUUCUCGAUGCGCGCUUCUUAAUAUUAGCAUGGACUGAAAAAUUCGUAUCAGUUUCAAAUGUGCAACGUGCGUCUUGAAGACGCGCAAACUCCGCCUACCCCUUCACUUUGGCUAUUUCUGCAUCAGAAAUCAAUCGUAACAGCGACCAAUCAUGCAAUACGUUUGAGAACAACUCUAUAAGGGCGCCGCUUUCGUCACCGAUGCGAUCCAGCUGCAGAUGACGGAGCAUUUCGCGGUUCUAGAGCAUUUGCGCAAGCAGGACUGUCUGGAACUGAAAAACUCGUCGAACCAGAAAGAGACGGAGAAGGUUCUUGCUACCGGCAUCCCCUACCACCGCCAGCUGGGGGAGCAGAAGCAAGCGACCGCCGUGCAGACGGAGGGUAAUGUGGGGUUUGUGGCCUGCCAGAACGUUUACGAUUCCAGUACAGCCUCUGGCUUUCUUGCUACUGGCGGAUCUCUGACCACCUCCGAUCACCACUACAACGUCAGUGGCUAUCAUGCUGGUGGGGCAACGAAGAUAAGCGGUGGAUCAACUACGUGGGGUAGUAGUACUAUCGGUGUUGAUGGUCUCCUCAGGGCGGGGAACAAUAAGGGGAACAACAAUUAUGCCCCCGCUGGAAAAACAAAAAUAAAGCUGCAUGUAUUGAAGAACUCUUCUGACGAGUUGCAAAUCCGGGUAUUGACGGGCUUGGAGGCGAGGAGCGAGCAGCAACUUUGCGUUGUGAAACUGUCUCCGGAAAACCACUUCGACCAACACGUGGUUGCAGCUGGUGCCCGCCAGCCCGGUACAACUAGAUAUCACAAGAAAAAACUGUUUCACGUAGAAACUUGUGAUGCAUAGAAAAAUGCAACACAGACGCAACAUCUGUCUUGCUACACAUGCAAGACCACUUUGGGUUUUUAAACGUUUUUUGCCUUGGGAAGCACGCAUGGCAAGUUUUCUGUCGUCAUGUGCCUUCACGAAGUGCAAAUUUUGCAAAAUCCUUACAGUGUCAGUGAAUGUGAAACACUUUUUUCUUUACGAUACGAGAGGCCACAAUAGUAAUCAGGGCCUGCUGCACCAUGAUCAAUAUCGUGGUCCCAAGGGCGCAGGAGCUGCUGAUGCUCCUACGGGUGCAGCUGGAGUAGACCACCGUCGACAGGAAGUUAUAAACACCGAGUCCUUGUCGUCGCACUCGUACGAGGAAGCGGACGCGAUUCCCGGGGGCAGUUUGUUUUUCCUCGCUCCCUUCGAAGGGAUACUUCUGGACUCGGUUUAUUUUUCCGGGUCGGGGACCGCUACCGAAACCGAAGAUCCUGCCGCAAACUUCGAUCGUUUUCAGGCCGAACUGCAAAGGGAGGAGAACGAGGGGGAGGCGGUUUUGUGGCGGAAGCGAGGCGAACGGCUCGCGGAACUGGUAGACUUGGAUUUGCGGAACCUGGCGCAGCCCGAGAUCUUUUUGAGAGAGCAACGGCUUGCUGCCGCUGGAAGCAGGUGUUGUCUGCACAAAGCUCCUUCUACUGCUACUCCAACACCUCUUUCCUUGUUUACGAGACAGCAACUAGUAUCAACAACACAACCUCCGGACUUCGGUGCGAUGCUGAUUCGAGAAGUUCUGACAAUCGACUUGACGGCGGCUGUAUGCAUAAUUGCAAAAGGAUCGUGCUCAGUAUUGAUCACAUAUACAAACAAACCUUUUCCAGAAGUUGAUGAAAGUGAAAAGUGCAAGUUAUUAUACUUGAUGCCAAAUGAUGUAGAAGUAGAUGUAGUACGUAAGAACCACUCCCCACGACUGCGUCGUGGGGCAAGGCUGAUUUGCAUUGCUGCUGGGCCAAGUUUGGAGCUAUUGCGUGCAUUGCAAGCAGUUUCUGCUUGGUUAGUGAAAACAGGCAACAGGUAGUCAUAGGCGACGCCGUCCGCGGCCGGGCUCACUGAUCAAGCUCCAGGUAGUACUGAACUGCCAAGAAGAACCAAAAAAAAUAAAAAAAGCCGACGUCUCCAGGGCAGGGCAUUCACCGCGGCCGAAGAAACUGCUUUUCAGAGGCAUAAAGCAGCACAGGUCUCGACACAGAAUGGAGCCGCAGGCGCCACUGGCUUUUUUUUGAUGCAAAAGUAAAAUCCCAAAGGGGAGUUCGAGAAAAAGCACAAUAGCAGAGCGAGCAGCUGAAUAAUAACUCCAAAGCGCGUCCUGUGAAAAUAUCUUCUAGCACAAGCAGCGCUCUUUCAUCGCACAAGAAAGUAAGGCGCGCACUAAGUGUAAGUCGUGCCUGUGGGCACUUUCGAAAUGCGCGCGCGCGCCAGUGGCACUUUCGAAAUAGGCGGCGCGAGCAAUGCUUUUAAAACGCCCAGCAAAGCAACGCGCAUCAGAAAAGCUUUUGAGCACUUUCGUGCGUCUUGCGUAUUUUCUGAAAAGUCUUCAGAAGCUUUUCAGUCUUCAGAAGGUCAAAGCUUCUGAAGAAUGCGGAAAAAAGGACGCAAAAAGUUGUCGCUUUGGAGACACAAUUGAAAAACCUUCUGAAGGUUUUCAACCUUCAGAAGGUUGGCCAAAAUUGCGACACUUCACUGCCUUUUUUUGUCUAAAAAGUCGGAAAGUCUUCUGAAGGUCAAAAAAGUGCCACCUUCUGAAGGUUUUCAACCUUCAGAAGAUUUCAAAGCGGUCAUUUUUCACCUUCUGAAGGUUUUUUUGCUCAUUUUCCAUCUUUUUCUUCUGAAGGUCAAAAAAAACCUUCUGAAGGCGUGACCUUCAGAAGAAAAAAAUGCUCACGGUUAAACCGAUGGUAUGCUCGCUCAAGAAAAAGAGGCUUUUUUCCAUUUCUUCUGAAUGUUCCAGUGAUGAUUUUGGACCUUCAGAAGACCUUCAGAAGAGAAAGCUUCUGAAGGUUCAGCAGCAAUUUUGCCAAGCCUUCCCCUUAUAGUUAUUAGAUUGAUACAAGUCAAGGUAUGUCAUGCAAGAUGCCGAUUUUUAGUACGAGCGCGGUUCUUUUGCAGAUGAUAAUAGACAACUGUAGUUGGAAAAAAUACGAGAAAAACGUCACCACCGUUUAGAAAAAAUCUCGAUCAUGAUGUCGACCAACACAAGAAUGGCAGUACAUUUCAAAGAAUCUGUGUUGGCAGGCAGCCCUGUUUUUUGCAGCAAAGUUCGUCCACCUCGAGUAGUGUCCUGACGUCGUCGGUUGGAAUACCAAGGAGGGAUGACGCUGCUGCAGCUGUUGGCGGUACAACAAAUCAUUUUAAAAUGUUUUUCCGGCGUGAAGAUCUUUGUGAUUUAUAUGUUGCUUUGUUUAUUUGCUGUAUAAAUAUAAUAUGGCAUGACUUGCGGAGGUUGCGCUACCUCCAUCUAUUUCUUCAUUCCAGGCACUGGCAUACUUCAUUCGCACUUCAUACAAAUCGAAAUCUGACCUUCUUUAGGCACCAUUCCUCGGCUACAACCUGCACGAUCUGUCAGCACAUCAAGCAGCAGCCUGCUCGACGACCCUGCUUCAUCUGCGCAACAGCAUUUGAGGACUCUAGCGGUUUCCCUUCACGCGUCAACGAAUCGUCCACCAAGGACCACUUUGUACCAUGUGCGUGCAACCAAUCUGGACGAUUCUGCUCUCGGAGUUGUAGGACCCGAUGUGUUCUACGCGACCCUGACGCCGAGGGAGCUGUUUAGCUUCUUCUCAGCACCACCACCAGAUUGUUCAAGAACUGCAUCAGCAGCAGCUUCGUCUACAUUUUCAUUUGGCGAGAACACCAGUCAAGAAUUUGCACUACACAAUGGCUGUUCAGACAAAAAUAUGCUUCCGAGCAAAAUUCUCUUCCGGCACAGAGUUCUUGCGGACGAUGAGGCUUUCUUUCAGCAAUUUCGCCAGAUGGCAACGGACCUGUUUGCCACCGCGAUUGUGGACAAGGACAAUUCUAGUGCUAGUAGCAGUUACUCUUCUACUACCCCGGGUGCCGCGGCUGCUCCUGCUGUCCCAGCACCAGCUUCACCAGAAGAUCAGAACCCAUCACGAGGAAGUAAAAACUUCCGCCUCGUGUUUCCGCCUCCACUGCCCCCUCGCGGUUGGGUCGACGAUGUGGUGCAAAAUCACACGGAGAUCCAGACAAAUGGAAAUGCAGCUGGCGUGUAUCCAAGAAAAAACAUGACUGUUCCGUUGUAGUCAUCCUAUUCUUUAGUUUCACUUCGCGAAGAAGAAGAUGAAGAUCUUGCUACUUCUUCCGGAUGAACAUGCAAGAUGGCUGCAUGGUCUGUUAUGCUGUCCAUGCAUUGUAGUUCUUAGGGCCAUUGUGAAAUACGCUCUUUUUUUCUUGGAUAGCAUGGGAGCGGGAGGAGGAAGCAGUGAAACCCACAGGGUCGUUGUGAACUCCAACUCUGCACGGGGUUCGAAGCGAGGAAGUAGUAACUCCAAGCGGAGCACUGUCGGGCUGGAGCUGCAACUCAACUCGUCUUAUCCUUAUCCAGUGAAACAGUAUCGCACUCGUACGAAUGGCAGUCAUGCGCAACAAAUCUCUCUGUUUCUCAUGGGGGAAAUAAGCACAUACAGAUACAAAUUCGAAUUCCAUUGGAAAUUGUAAUGCAUUCCAGUACAAUGUGUACGCCUACGAUCAUACUUUUGCAAUGCAUACGUGUAGUUCCGCCCAGGCACCGGGGGCGACGAGGUGCAACGGGCUGAUUUUGUCGGAAGUGAGAGUUGGAGCUCUCUGAUGAAAGACUAUCCCACGCCCCAACUGUGCCUGUGCGGAAUUUUUUGCUUUGUGACAUGUCAUAUCGGUAUAGGACUACAACAACGAACGUACUUUCCUCUAUUUUUUUUGUUGUUAUCAACGAUCGAAACUGGAACUACUACAGGUGUGCCUUCCCCACUAACUAUGUAUACAUAGGAAUAAGUAGAUUGAUAUAUUCCCUCUUUGUCUGUACCUGUAGCUUUUACUUGAUGCUGAUUUUGAUUUAUAUACCUGUCGGGCCGCUGGAAGAAGUGGCUCCUUCUCUUUGCCCUUGAAAUACAGGAUGAUUGACUUUGUUCGUAAUUAUUUCUACUUCGAUUUCGUUUUCUGCAAAAGUAAAGUCUCUGAAACAGUGAAAGAAUUAUGAAGUGAAACACCUUCUUGUACUCACCGGACUAUUUAUUUUUAGUUGAAGUGAAACACCUUCUGGUGCUACAUCCACCUGUUCAUUUUUAGUUGGAAAAACAAAUACUAAUACAAUGACAGUAUAGAGAAACUUGCUCCUUAUUUUUUUGGCAUGU